UUGAAAAUAUAUUUUAGGUUGCACAUGGCUGUGUUGGUGCUGUACAAAUCAAACUACCUCCCCCAGUCUGGUAAGCCACAUCAGCAAACAUCUCACUCUGAUGGUGGGACCCACCUCGACGAAUCAUAGCCACGAAAAUACUAAACAACUUUUUUCUCACCCACUAACUCCCUACCACGUGGACUCUCCCAGCUCUCACUCGCCACCAUUACUUGACUCCCCCUCUCUCAACUCUCACACCAUAACAGAGCAAUCCAAAAAACUAAAGAAAAAGAAAGCAGAGCAAUCAAAAACUCUGAUGCUCAAGUUCGAAACGGAAGCCGGCGGCGACGCCACCAACACCUGGGGCCGCACCUGCGACGCCUGCCGCUCCGCCGCCUCCGCCGUCUACUGCCGGGCGGACGAGGCCUACCUCUGCGCCGCAUGCGACGCUCGCAUCCACCACGCGGCCUCGCUCCACGAGCGCGUGUGGGUGUGCGAGUCCUGCGAGAGGGCCCCGGCGGCGCUCCUCUGCAAGGCCGACUCGGCCUCCCUCUGCGCCGCCUGCGACGCCGACAUCCACUCCGCCAAUCCCCUCUCCCGCCGCCACCACCGCGUCCCUGUCCAGCCGAUCCCCUACGGCCCCGAAGGAGACGACGACGAAGACGAAGCAGCAUCGUGGCUGCUGCUGAACCCGAUCAAGAAUGGCGAGGAGGCGCGGCCGCCGCCGUUUGUGGGGGAACUGGACGAGUAUUUGGAUUUGAAUCUUGACGAGUUCAGUGAGUUGAGUGAGGGAUACUCAUACAGUGAGCAGCAGGAUGUUUACGGUGUCUCUCAGAGCAGCUAUGGCGGCGGCGACAGCAUCGUUCCCGUUGAUUAUCAAAAGGGAAAGAAUCACCAUUGUUUUCCGCUGGGAUUGGAAGCUGGCUAUACUUAUCCUGCAUCCAUGUCUCAUAGUGUGUCAAUCUCAUCGACGGACAUGGGAAUAGUCCCGGAAUCGAGAAACGAAGCAUCGGUCUCCCACACACAGACACGACCUCCAAAAGGCAGCAUCGACCUAUUCUCGGCGACUCAACUGAGCCAGAUGGAGCGGGAGGCGAGGGUGAUGAGGUACAGGGAGAAGAAGAAAACCAGAAAGUUCGAGAAGACGAUUAGGUACGCAUCGAGGAAGGCGUACGCGGAGACGAGGCCCAGAAUCAAAGGGCGUUUCGCCAAGAGGAAACUUGAUCCCAUCUUCUCUUCUCAACCUCUCAUGGCGGACAACUCCUACGGCGUCGUCCCCUCCUUUUGAUCUCUCACUCAUACUACAUACUGCUUUAAUUAUAAUGCUUCUUCAUGUGCUCUCGCUAAUUGUAUCUUCACUCCACUCACUAUGUGUAUAUAUAUACAUGUAUUCUUUCUUU